ACAUAGCAUGGUGGGAGACAAGGCGAGAGUGGAGAUGAACGCUUUUCAGAGAAACGAAUCCAAGGAAACUUUGUUCACUUUUAUUUCUGCAGGAGAUGAUCCCCCCAAAGGAGAAUUCCCUGUUCAGAAAAAAUCCUCGAAACUCUGUGGCUCAAACUACCCCUUAAGCAUUGCCUUCAUUGUGGUGAAUGAGUUCUGUGAGCGCUUCUCCUACUAUGGCAUGAGAGCUGUGUUGACACUAUACUUCUUAAGCUUCUUCCACUGGGAUGAAAAUCUCUCCACUGCUGUGUACCAUGCCUUUUCUGCACUAUGUUAUUUCACACCUGUCAUUGGAGCCAUCAUGGCAGACUCAUGGCUGGGAAAAUACAAGACGAUCAUCUACCUCUCCAUUGUGUAUGUGAUUGGCCAUCUGAUAAAGUCAGUCGGUGCAAUUCCAUCCCUAGGCAACCAGACGGUUCAUGUGAUCCUGUCUAUGGUUGGUCUGUUUUUGAUCGCCCUUGGAACGGGAGGGAUCAAGCCCUGUGUCUCUGCAUUUGGUGGGGACCAGUUUGAAGAGGAACAUACCUCGGAGAGAAGCAAGUUUUUUUCCAUCUUCUAUUUAUCCAUUAAUGCUGGAAGCUUGAUAUCCACGUUUGUAACUCCUGUAUUAAGAGGGGACGUGAAAUGUUUUGGAGAGGAUUGUUAUGCAUUAGCUUUUGGUGUCCCAGCAGCACUGAUGGUGUUGGCCCUUGUGGUGUUCAUUGCUGGAAGUGGACUGUACAGAAAGACUCCACCACAAGGGAACGUCUUACUUGAAGUGUGCAAAUGCAUCGGUUUUGCUAUUAAAAACCGGCUGCAAAACCGCUCCCGUCAGAUUCCAAAGAGAGAUCACUGGCUGGACUGGGCGUCAGAAAAAUACUCAAAACAGCUGAUUGGGGAGGUUAAAAUGGUGACACGUGUUCUCUUCCUCUUCAUACCACUGCCAAUGUUCUGGGCCCUGUUUGAUCAGCAGGGAUCCAGGUGGACUUUGCAAGCCACAAAAAUGAAUGCUGAUUUUGGAAUAUAUGUCCUUCAGCCUGACCAAAUGCAGUUCUUAAAUCCACUCCUUAUUCUUGUCUUCAUCCCACUUUUUGACCUUGGGCUCUACCCUCUGAUAAACAUGUGCAAAUUUAAUUUCACACCUAUUAGAAAAAUGGCAACAGGUAUGAUCCUUGCAGGGCUGGCAUUUGGACUUGCAGCCAUUGUAGAAGUCAAAAUAAAUGAAACGGAUAUGCCUCGACUUGUCCCAGAAGAAAGUUUAAUUCGAGUCCUGAAUUUGGCAAAGAACCCUGUUAAAGUGACAAUCCAAGACCAGGACCUAUUUCAGCAGCCUGUGGAAUCUUUUCAGAACCCAGCUGAAUACUCAAAAUUACUAUUGAAUGGAGAGCAGCAGAGUCUUCGCUUCACCCUGCAAGACCAAGGAUUGUCUCUUGCUUUAAACUACACUGUGAAGGAAAAAGCAGUAUACAGCUUAAUUGUUUUUGAGGCAGAAGGAAGCCUAUCAAGCCGCUUAAUUACAGACUUGGAAGCAAAGCCAGAAAAUGGUUUGGCAGCUGUUAGAUUCGUUAAUGGUUUGAGCCAGGAUGUCAACCUCACCAUUGACAGCAGGCGGUUCAUUGUUGUUCAGAAAAACUACAGCACUUCUGAGUACUUGCUGCUAGAGAGGGACAAAUAUAAUAAUGGAAAAUGCAUAACUGAAGCAGGAGAGUUCACCCUGAAGCUGGGGCUGCUUGACUUCGGUGCAUCCUACACCAUCGUGAUAUAUAAUGUUUCUGGAAGUUCUGUUAAGACAUGGAAGUCAGAAGACAUCAAAGCAAAUAAUGUCCAUAUGGCUUGGCAGUUACCACAAUAUUUAUUAAUAUCUGCUGGGGAGGUGAUGUUCUCCAUUACAGGUCUGGCCUUCUCUUACUCUCAGUCUCCAGCCAGCAUGAAGUCGGUGCUGCAGGCAGGCUGGCUGCUCACGGUGGCUGUUGGGAAUACCCUUGUGCUUGUUGUUGCAGAGGCUGCACCAAUGGCACAGUGGGCUGAAUUUGUCAUGUUCACUGUUCUCCUCUUUGCUGUGUGCAUUAUUUUCUCCAUCAUGGGAUAUUUCUAUGUCAGUGUGGAUCCAGAGGACUUAGAAGAAAAUGAAGAGAAGAGAGAGACCUCAAGCAGAGGAAACAUGAUUAGUCUUGUUACUCAGAAAACAAAGCUCUAA